AUGACGUGGCACAAGGGGUUGGAGAGGCAAAGAGUCAUUCCUCCUGUCAGUGCUGUCCUGGCCGUGAAGAAGGCGCACUCGGCGUCGAUUCUUGGAUUCUAUUUCGGCACCGUGCUGCUAUGGGCCAUCCAAACCCAGCUUCUCUCACAGAUUAUCGCGAACGGAGUCGCCUUGAUUAUGACUGACAGACACAAAUCGAAAAUCUUGAAAUGGGUCCUCUUCGGCCUGAUCACGACUGUCAACAUCUCCGUCUUUUGCAUCUGGAUUCCCGCCCACAUGCCGAAUGCUCAUCACACAUGGGUUACCCUCAACAAUAUCUGGGAAAGGGUGGAGAAGAGCUUUUUCCUUAUCCUGGACCUCUCACUCAACUUAUACUUCUUGCAUUUGGUGCGGUCUCGGCUUAUCAGUGGUGGUCUGACAAAGUACUGGCGGCUGUGGAAGUUCAACGCGGGCAUUGUCGUUGUUUCGUUGUCGAUGGAUGUGUUGCUUCUUGGAUUGCUGAGCUAUCCUGAUCCUUAUGUCUACGUCCAAUUCGCACCCCUCGCAUACAUCGUCAAGCUACACAUCGAGCUCACCAUGGCCGUCCUCAUCUCGAAAGUCGUCAAGAGCAGCGGCAAAGAACGGUCUGAUGAAUGGUAUCCCAGCAGUAAUCAAGCAACUCGUCCGCAUCCCGGCAGUCAUCGGGAUAGCGCGUUCCCUGGCUCUAUGAAGAUGAAUACCCUGAUCUCGGGGAGAACUGUCGAUGAGCCGGCUGAUGGCCAUCAUGGCCCGGGGAUUAUGAGGACGGUGGUGACGGAAGUGAGGACUGAGAGUGGUGAUGAGAGUCAGGAGGAGUUGGUUAAUGUGGAGCGGUUGUCGCAGUGA